CGUUGUCCCUCGCAUUAUCAAAUAACAUGCCGACAGUCAACUCAAACGUCAAUCUCUCCCAGGUAUAGGAUAUCAUUGGUGGACUCCAAAACAUCCUCGCACGUUCACCAUUGGUGACCAUUCCGGAUAUUGAAACCCCGUACUCCCGACUUAGUUUCCCCAGUACGAACUACUCUGUCACCGAAGACCGGAGCAUCAGCGCCAUCAUCACUGAACGCCAGCAGCAGUUGGAUGCAGUUGUGGACGAGAUUUCAGGCCUGGAAACAAUCAUGCGCAGUAUCAAGAAUCUUCACCGGCAACUCGUCGAAAAGAAGGACAAGAUUACGCAGUCCAUGAAUUUGCACAAGAGACUUGUAUCAACUCUCCGGUGCUUGCCGACUGAAGUCCUAUUCCACAUUUUCAUUUACUGUCUCCCGGAAGUCAAGUACCCGUCUCCUGCACCAAACCUGGCCCCCAUACUGUUCACUAGAAUUUGCUGACGCCGGAGGGUAGUUGUGGGCAUGCCUAGUUUGUGGUGCACGCUCAGCCUGGGGGAGGUGGAAGUCAACCGCGGAGACUGGC